CUCUCAUUCUCAGCCCAGCCUGGGAACACGACAUUCCCGGGCCACGGACACCUCGACAUUCCCGGGCCACGGACACCCCACCGGAGCAGCCCAGCUGGGAGCAUGAAAAUACUCCUCCUUCCUGCCCUUUUCCUGCUUUUUCUCCACCAAGGGAGCAGGAGCAGGGAGUUACCUGGAGUGGAGAGCUAUGAAAUAGUUUAUCCACGGAAGUUGCGCUCGGUGCAGAAAAGGAGCACCCAGACCAAAUAUGUUGACAAGGUGGAGUAUGGAAUCAGAGCCAACGGCCAGGAAGUCGUCCUGCAGCUACAAAAAAAUAAGGAUCUUUUAGGUCGAGAUUACACCGAAACUGUUUAUUCGGAUGACGGUCGACAAAUAACAAGAACUCCUCGGAUCAAGGAUCACUGUUUUUAUGAAGGCCACGUUCAGGAUGAUGCUGAGUCCACAGUGAGCAUCAGCACCUGCCAAGGGCUCAGUGGCUAUUUUGAGAGCCGUGGCCAGAGGUACCUCAUCGAGCCCCUGGGGGGCUGGGAGGGAGCAGAACACGCCGUUUAUAAAUACGAGGCACUGAAACAAGAGCCCAUCAAAACCUGUGGCCUCGCCAACAACUCCUGGGAACAGGAUUCCGACGACCCCACCAACGACAUCUUCAAAUCCAGCAACAGCCCCGAGAUGAAAGAGUACCUGAAAGCCAAAAAAUACCUGGAGCUCUACAUAGUUGCAGACAACACUCUGUACCAGAACCACGACAAAGAUGUCAAAGCCAUCAGGCAGAGGGUGUUUGGAAUUGUCAACUACGUCAACACGGUUUACAAGGCCCUCAAUAUCCACGUGGCUCUGGUGGGGCUGGAGGUGUGGACGGACGGGGACAAGCGGCCCCUGAGCAGGAACGCGGGGAUCACCCUGGACACCUUCUCCAAGUGGCGCCGCUCCGACCUGCUCAAGAGGAAGGGCAACGACAACGCCCAGCUCAUCACGGGCCUCAACUUCGAGGGGACCACGAUUGGCUUGGCCUUCCUCAAGUCCAUCUGCAGUAAUUUGUAUUCCGCAGGGGUUAUUCAGGACCACAGCGGGAACGUCAUCGCCGUGGGGGCCACCCUGGCCCACGAGCUGGGGCACAACCUGGGCAUGAGCCACGACACGAGGGCCUGCGCGUGCGGGGACAGCGUCUGCAUCAUGACAGACACCGUCAG